AUGGACUUCCACACUGACCGCUUCAGAGUGGUUACGCUGGCCGACUUAAAUGAGAAGAGGAUAGAGUGGUUAAAGACCAGCCACUCGAAGAAGGAUGUGGACAAUGAGCUUAAGAGGCUUUCCAACCUCCCUACGGGGAAGGACGCGGACACCGCACCAGGAGGCGGGGCCGGCCUGGGAUUCGGAGAUGAAGGCCUCCCGGUGCCCGAGCCUUCCGAAAGGGACCCCGCGCUCCAGAGCCUUGCUCGGCUAGAGAAGGAGAUCGGAAAAGAUGGAUGCGCCCGUAAGAGGCCGCCCAAGGGCGAGCUUCGAGCGCGCCAGCAGGCGUUGGCCAUGGAGACUGGUUUGGGCAGCCCGGGCCGGAGGAAAAAGAAGAAAAAGUCGGAGAAGGAAUUGGGCAGGAAGGCGAAGGACCGUGGCCCCUUUGGGGCUGGUGCCGAGAUGGGCUAUGGCGAUGGGAAGCGCGGCUCAGACAGCUCGUUGGAUGAGAGCCAGCUUUUUCGCGAGGGCCUCCUCUCCGGAGGAACCAGCCUGCAGCUUCAGCUGCAAGAAUACGCCCAGAGGAGACCGGGGCGGCUGGCUUCCAGACUUCUGCAAAAGAUGCGGGUGAUGGUCGCGAAGAAGGAGGGGGGGCCGUUAACGACGAUCAACCGGGGAAGUUCGACACCGCCCGUGGCCACCACCUGGGUGCUGACGGUAAUGAGCCCGAAGCAGCCUCCGCUGCGUCUCCUACGCAAGGUUCGCACCCUGGCGACGGCUCUCGACGAGAUCGCAGCCGGUCACUACCAGUACGCCGCGGACGUCCUGUCUCAAAGGAUCAAAGCUUUGGAGCUGUUCCAGAGCGACGGGUCGUGGAACAGGGCCCAGUACCUCGAGCUGCUGGACGCGGAAGGUCCCAGCCUAUUGGGCCGCGACGACGCGGUGAUGGUCUCGAAGGAGUGGGCAGGAGAGCUCAGAAUGAGGCGUCUCCAGAUAAAGGGGACAGGCAAGGCCGACCCGAAGGGCGGCGACAAGGGCGGCGGCAAGACGGAGCAGCCAGGCGGGAAGGACCAGAAGAAAGGCAAGCACGGGAAAGGCAAAGAGACCGCCCCCCCCCCCGUGAGCGAAGGUCCGGCCACGGCCGUGGGAACCGAUGUCAAGGAAGGAGCCGCGCGAGCUGAGGGAGAAGACCCCAGCCUGGACAAUAUGCUGGAGGAUGGCUUCCUCGAUUUCGACCUUGGUCUUAGUGAUGACGAAGGGCUCCCUACGGGGAAGGAUCUCAACGAGUUCUGGGCGGGCAUCGCAAAGGGCCUGCCUAUGGAGGAGUGGCGGACAAAGCUCAAGAAGGGAAUGGAUAGGGAGCCUGGGAUGAAAGGACCCCUGGGCAUCUUUGCACGUACCUACGGGAACCCAGAGGAGCUGCCUCCGGGCGACGGUCUGGAGGGGAUCACCACCAUCAACCUCCACUGGGUCCGUCUGAUUUUCUUGUUGCUAGACUACGUGUACUGCUCGGCUUGGUCUAAGGCGAUCUGUGUCCCAAUGUCGUCCACUAUGGGAGCCAAUCAGGCAAAGGCCAUCUCUCGCGUAGCCUCGCAAGUCGAUCGGCUGAGAGCACGCCCGGAGAAGAUCCUCUCCGCCAAGGCGGCCGUUGCCAAGCUCUCCUCCAAGAAGUUCGACUACAACGGCCACCCUGUUGACCGCAUGAAGGAUUUGGUGGUGGAGAAAGUACUCAAGGCCUGGCCUCGCCCGGGCUCGGCGGCCGUGGUGGACCUCCGGGAUUGCCUUCCAGAAGAGCUCAGGGAGGCCCUGGACCGGCCAAGGGAGUUCCUUCUCCCUGAGGCCGAGCUUCCUGAUAGGCACCGAGGAUCACGGGUCAGAGCCACCGAGACAGAGUGGCACAAAAUCGUCAAAGCCGGUUACGACCGAGGGAUGUUCGUGGCGGUUAGAGAUGAAGACGUGCCAGUUGACAAGGGGGGGCACCUCAUUACCAAUGGGGCCGGCGCCGUGGUCAAGAUAAAGCAAGAGCACGGGCGGGCAGUCGAGGCGCAACGCUUCAUCUCAGUGCUUUGCCCCACCAAUGAUGCAAUGAGGCUUUUACCCGGAGCCCAGGACAAGCUCCCUUACAUAGGGCAGCUCACUGCACUCAUGGCGGAAAAGGACUCUUACCUGGUCCUAGACUCAGAGGACCUUCAGAGUGCCUUCAAUCUUUUCCGAAUGCCGCUCGAGUGGGCCCCCUCUUCAGCUUUGCGCAGAAGGUGA